AUGGUAGUUGGAGUAAAUGCUAAUACCAAACAAUGAGCUUCCACAAAUCACCUCAACCGCCAGAAUUUAUGCUGUUUACCGUUUACGUCAUUGGUUUCUCUGAAUUUGGUAGGUUAACUUAAUACAUAAAACCACCUCCAUAUAGGAACCCUGACAAUGGUUCAAAAUUCAAUUUUUUACAUUUUCAAUGGGUUUAUAUUCUCAUAUAUGCCAGUGCUCCAUGCAAGUAGCAGUGGCAUGCUGGUGUUCCCCCUAACCCUGAGUGUGUACAAUGUUUGGUAGUUCAAGUGCCAAAGGAGGAAUUUCCUCACUCCUGAGAUGCAGGGGGAUUUCCAAGGCCAAGAAACGAACAAUUAUUGUUGGUCUCAAAUCCGAUAACAGCAGCAGAGAAUUGCUGCUUCGUUUGCUCAAUGUAGUUGUAAUGCCUGGAGAUUAUGUACUGGCUGUUCAUGUGCAAGAACCAAGUGAUGCGUUUGAUCCGAAUACUUUUCACAUCCAUGAGGAUCUGUGCAAAUCCAAGCAGGUGGAUUUUCAGAUCAAGGUUUGCGUAGGAGACUCGUACAUAACUGAGUUGAGUAAUCAAGUACGUAUAAACUUUGCCACUAUGCUUGCCGUUGGAUGCAGUAGCUCCUGGCCAAGUGAUCAGAUUCCUGGAAAACUUUUGAAAGAAUUGCCUCCUACUUGCUCCCUUAUGGUAAUGGAUAAAGGAGGAAAAAUCCUACUCCAGAGGCCGGGGACUUCCCAAAAAGGUGCUCCGACUAAUGUUUCUCAAGCAUCUGAGUCCUCUCUGUCAGGGUCCUGCAGCUCUAUGCAGUCAAGAGACAAGUAUCAGAUUCAAAAAUCUUUGUCAAUGACAUGUUCUUCAACAACAACGGCAUCACAGCCGACUAGAAAUGCAACUUUUCCUAGGAUCAAGAAGCUCAAUAAUGCUACAGCUAAGAGUCUGUUUCAGAGAUUAGCUUGCUUAGAAUCAACGGGUUACGCCAGACGCUUCACAAUGGAUGAACUUAGCUGUGCAACAGACAACUUCAGUCCCAAUUUGUUGACUGGAGUGGGUGGACAUAGUCAAGUCUAUCGAGCCAAUCUUGACAAUGGCCAGCUUGCAGCAGUGAAGGUCCUUAAAAACACACGAUACUCCGAGGAUGAUCUUUUUCAGGAAGUUGAAAUAUUGCGUAAUCUGCAACACGAGAACUUAAUUCAGCUUGUCGGUUACUGUUACUGUAAGGAUAUGCAAGCAAUCGUGUAUAAUCUACUAAAGGACAGUCUGAAGCAAAGACUAAAACAGCUUAAUUGGAACACAAGGAUGCAAGUUGCGAUAGGAGUGGCUAGGGGAUUGGAAUACCUCCAUUCUCAAACCCCUCCUAUCAUUCACAGGGAUGUCAAAUCGUCAAAUAUUCUCCUAUCCGAUGAUUGCCGCCCACAACUAUCAGAUUUUGGAGCAGCAGUGGUGCACCAGAAAACUCAGCAAGAUUCAGCUUUUGUGAAACCAAUUCACGUUGUUGGGACAUUUGGAUACCUGGCACCUGAGUACGUCACGUAUGGCAAAGUUGAUGAAAAGAUAGAUGUAUACUCUUAUGGGGUGGUCCUGCUGGAAUUGAUCACAGGGAGACGGGCCAUUGAAAAAGAUCUGGAAGCUCAUCAUGAAAGCUUAGUGUUGUGGGCAAGGUCUCUGCUCAGUGGUGGUCUUAGUGACCGUCUUGUUGAUCCUGACAUAAAGGAGAACUACAACAAAGAUGAGAUGAAAACAAUGAUGUUUGCAGCACGGCUCUGCCUCUUGCAUUCAUCUUCAAGGAGGCCAAAAAUGAAAACAAUCCUGCGUUUGUUUGAGGAGCCAGAGCACUGGUUAGAGUUGCAGAGAAAGAAGGAAGAGCUUGUUGAUGGAAUUGGUUCGGAAGAUGAAACUUGCUUGUGCAAAUAUUACGGAUCAGAUUCUGAUGAGGGCAUGUUCGUAGAGGCUAGCUGAUCUCAUAUUCUUGAGUUUUCUAUGAUAUAUUGGUAUAUAUAUGCUGUUUUUUUGUUUGUUUGUUAACCAAUGAUACCACUCUCUCUCUCAACAACAACAUAUGUAGUGUGAUUCCAUAAGUUGGGUCUGGGAAGGUAGAGGUAACUCUCUCAACCCAGUCGCUAAAAUUAAAAGGAUGAAAGGAGAGAAUGAAACUAAAGGAGCCAUUUCUCUAGGAGAUAGUAGUUCUUUGUUAAAGUGAUAUUAGAGUACCAAUAGAAAUGUCAUUAUGUUGUCAAACAUUACUCCUCAAGUGUAAGCUCUAUUCUGUCUUUCACCUCAGAAUUGCUAGAAUUUUUUGUUGAUCUAGAAUUUAAUUUUCUUCUUUUCUAA